AUUCCUCUGGCUCGAGGAUAUACUAGGACUUAUUGAGAAUGAGGUGGAUUUUCUUCAAAUUCCACAGGCCAACUUCCCCGAUAUUAUGCGAUAGAGGAUGCUGGUCCUCUAAAGUAUGCUCAGAAAUAGAAUAGAGUCGAAACCGGGAAAGGCUUACCAUGUGAAGCAUACUGAGGUUUCCGGGCUCUGUAAAUCAAUUAUUGAUCGAAUCACUAAAAUUAAAUUCGUCAAAGAGUCACCAGUGAUAUCACAAGCUUUGGCACGAUUGACGGAUCUCGUCCUUAAAGAAUUAAUUGAUCUGUGGUUCUCAAAAAUCUCAGUAGAUCUGCUUUUUCAAGAUUCAUUGAGGUUAGAACUAAAACAUGUCUUUUCUAGUUUGAGCGCUCGUAUAGCCGCUGUCGACGUGCCGAAUGUGCUAGUUCACAAAAUUACUCCCUUAUUAACCGACCACUACGCCCAAUUUAUUUCUACAGACUAUGCCCAUGAUUCUGUGCACUCAUUUGAAAGCAAAUUGAACGUUGCUCGAAAAUUUGGGAAAGGGUCUAUUCACAACGGCGUGACUAUGACGGUACCUGGGUCUGGACCCAGAAUCAAGGAGAAAGCGUAUUUACGUACAAAAGUGAAGAAGCUCCUCCCUUUGCUCCUAUCUCCACAGGAAAGCUCGAAUGAACUUGUUGGGACGCUCUUGACUGAGAUUCUCGCAUGCACGGUUCUCACAAAUGCGUUUUCUGUGCUUUCAGAAGGGGAUUUCUUUAAUCAAAUGGUCGUCAAAGCAGUAGGAGCUAACCUUAAGCACCGAAACCAGGUGAAACGACUUCGUGAAGCUCUUCAGCAACACACGACGCAAACCCCGACUCAUACUCUUCGCAUUGGCCAAAAUUCUGCACUCCCCCCUCUCAAGGCUCCUAUCUCUCCUGAAUACAAAUCGCUUAAGUUCCAAACUCUCGAUACUGUAUUGGCAGAACCAAAGCACGCCGCUGUGUUCCGGGAAUUCUUACGAGGUUAUAAACAUGAGGCCGAAAUUGACCUUUGGCAACAUAUAGAGUUGAUGCGAGCACCACUUGAGGGCACAGACACUUCAGGAAUACCUUUAUUCUUGGAGUUUUCUAAUGAAGAUGAUAUUGUCAAGAUCUACGAGAAAUAUUUUGCAUUACCAUUCUUGGAAAUAAGCGAGCUGAUAAGAAGACAAGUCUCGGCCUACGUUCAAAAUGCUACCCGAAGAGAUGCGGCACUGUAUCAGCAGGCAAGGCUGGCCUUGUUUGAGUUGCAAAAUGAUAUAUUUGCGCACAUGAAAGCAGCACAUCUAGAACAAUUUCGAAGUUCAAAUCGGUUUGGUGAUUUGGAAGCUGUACUGCCAAAAAAGUCUAUCAAUCCUCGAGUCAUAUCUACUGCUUUUCCCCGCACUACAAAUGUCAAUGACGAAGACAAGUCGAACACAGAGAUUGAUCAGGAAAAGUCUCCCAUUUUAAGCCCUGUCGUUGUUCAGGCUGUCGAAUCAGCGUUUGAAAAAAUCAUGAAAACAACGUCUAUCGACCAUGAGAACCGGCUACUGACCCCUACUGAUUGUCCAGAUUCUACCAUCACAGUCUCGCGUAAAUCGUCUCAACCUUCUUUAUUUGGUGAUACAACCGAAUUGCUUGACAAUUCUGUAUUUGGAUCUAAUCCGUACAAUUCAAAUCGAUUGUCAGCAUUGUUCGAAGAAACUAGCGACUCUGAUCUGGAUUCAAACUCAUUGUCUGAUUCUGUUGACUCCAGUAUUUCUGCAUCACAAAGUUUUUCAAAUCUGGAAUUGCUUUUAGCCGCCCCAGGUGACUUGAGUUUGGCCGAGAAAAUCGGAGUUCUUGAUCAAGAUAUUGAAAAUCUUACGAAACAAAACGAUAUUCUUCUUUCACUUCUAAAGAAAGCAGAACUCACAAAUAAUGUCGCAGAACUAAAAGUUUUACGGAGAUCAAACGCAAGUCUUGAAAAGGAGAUUAACACUAAAGAGCUCCAAAAACAGCAAUAUAUUGUUCAAGAAAACGACAACAGUUUGUAUGGAAAGUCAAAAAUCCGCAUACAAUCAUGUGUGUUUGGAAAAGAUGAGAAAAUAUCUUACGUGAUGUAUGUUAUCGAGGUACAGAAAUACUCCAGUGAAGACCCUAACGAAAUUGUUGCUGGCUGGAUUGUUGCCCGUCGCUUUAGUCAAUUUCACAAACUCCAUGAAUUUUUAAAAAGAAGAUACAAUGAUGUGAACGAAGUCAAGUUUCCAAAAAAAAAUGUUCCAUACUUGAAGUUCCAGAAAACUCAGCAGAUCGAAACCAGAAAACCAAUUCUAGAGAAGUACCUACAAGACUUGCUUGCCAUCCCUGAUGUCUGUUCAGAUCCGGCUUUCAGGUCUUUCCUUUCAUCAGAAACUUUUAAAGUCGGGAAAUCCCAAGCUACUUCAAAAAGUACUUUUUAUUCCAUGUUCAAUCGGUUUCCCCGAGAGCUGGGCAAUGAUUUAAGGUUCGAUACGUCUCAGGUGAGACAAAAUAAAGAGAUGUUGCAAAACAUCAAAGAAAUGGAGAGAGAGUUGAAGCAAUAUGACGAAAUUCAGAAAAAUAGCGCGGAAAAGGUACCUUUUGUUAAACCCAUUUCUGAUCUCUUGCUCACGCUUUUUGACUUGAGCAAAUCGAAUUGGUUACGCGGACGUGCACUCUUGGUCAUCUUGCAACAGGUACUUGGUUCCACUAUCGAGCGUACUCUAACGUCUCAAAUUGAGCAGAACAUCAAGCAAGAUUUGCGAAUUGCAGAUGUUCUUAACUCCUUGCAAGAUAUGCUUUUCCCGAAUGGAAAAUUCCGAGAGUCGCCGGAGCUCAGAACAAAAGCUCAGCAGCUGGCAACAAGAAAAGAGGCGAACUCGAUUUUGCAAAUCUAUAUGUCUGAGACUUGCUCAAAGAUAUUUGGUAUCAGGAACACAGAUCAGGCUUGUAAAAACAUUUUGGAAAUGUUCCAAAAUGAUUACCUAAACAAACACUUAAUGUUUAAUGUACUCGAUGUGGUUCUUCUCGCUAUAUUUCCAGAGCUUGACGAGGACUCAUACAAAGUCUAG